CCUUCGAAUGAUAUCUAACGCCUGGGAGCUCGCUCUGAAAAGUCAUGAUUCUUCCCGGAUGCUAAACUGAGUGAGAGUGACGAGUGUUCAAUUUUCAUCACGAGGUAAAAAUGAGUGAAUCCGCCGUGCAUAUAUUUAGUGCCAGUAUCCUAAAAAUUCAGGGUGUGAUCUAGGACAGCGAUACUCCGUGUUCACAGUGUUACAUUCAACCAAAUUGUAGAUUUACUUGUGGACAGAAAUAUGUCAUAUUCCAUACAAGAGAUUAACUUUGAAGGUGUAUCUCCAGAACAAGUGCAAUAUUUGGCAAAUUUGAUAGAAUCUAACAAGCAUCAUGAUGCUAAUACCUUAAACAAAGGUGAAGUUCCAAAGUUGCAGCAACUGGUCUUGAAUAAAUGUUUAAAUACUAUUGCUGAUGAAAAUGACAGUGAGGUCUUUGUCCAAAGUUGUCCAGAUGGUGAUAAUACUAGCAAUACUUCCAACUCUUACUACAUGGUUGUGAGUGCCAAUGGGAAUGAAAAUCAAGGAAUGUAUGGUGCUGAGAUGGACAUAGAACGAUUACAUCGCACAAAUCCCUCUUAUAACCAGGAUCCUUGCAUGACAAAUGCCAAUACAUCAUUUGGAGAAGAUAACAUUUUGGACCACUUGUCGAGACAGGUCGCAAUGCAGCAACAGUACAUAUACAAUGCUAUGAAUAUGGUUCCCACAGGCUUGGACUGCAAUGACAGGUGUUAUUCAGAGAAUGAGAGUUUAAUUGCUCAGGGACAUGAUUAUGGUGUAGGGGAGCCUCAUGUUCUGAAUGACAAUCUGAAUGGUAGUUUGAUAAACAGUGGUUUUGCUGUUCCACAACAACCAGUGAAAAGCUUCUGUCAACCAAUUUCUCAUUUACAUUCCACCCCAGACAUCAAACCAGCAAAAACAGAAGAUGUGGUGCUGAUCAGAAGGGAAAAUAUGGAUACUCCCAAGAAUCACCAUGGUGUAGUGACCCCUCAAGGCCGCUAUGUAUACACCCCCCAUCCCAGGACUGGACAGGUAUUGUAUGUGACAACCACUGAUGAUGGGUCCCCUCAACUAUACCAACCCCUGCCCACAGUGAAUGCUUCACCAAUCCAACCUAGUGAACCAGAUAAAAGCCAGUUUACAACACCAAAGAUCUCUACGAAUUGUGCUCUGAACAGUAGUGGCGAGGAGACCCAAGAAAGCCCCUCCCCUGAUGACCCUCCCACUGACAAAUCCUCAACCACAGAUGUAUCCUCCACCUCUGAAGGAUCCACCUCUCUGUUGAGCUCCAGACUGGACAGUAACAAUAACAAGUUCUAUGACAUUUCCAUGUUCAGUAGUUGUGUGGGAGAAGAUGGUCGAGAGCAACACAACAUGAAAGAGAGACGUAGAAGAGCUAGAAUCAAAGACGCCUGUGAUGUUUUAAGGAAGCUUGUCCCUGGAAUGUCUGAUAAGACAGAUAAGGCCACAGUUUUUGAAUUUGCAGCCAGAUAUGUGCAUUUCUUGAAAGGAUUUGUUGGAAAUCAACACGACAAGGAUUUCCUUCUGAAGUACAGUCCAUAUUGAUGCGAUAGAAAAAUGUAACGGGAACAAAUACAUGGAAGCCUGUGCAGUAGUGUUAGAUAACUCCAAGACUUUACAACGGACCAGUAUUUUUCUGCAUUCACAGCAUGAAAACAUCCAAACCUUACACUGCAGUGCAGGUCGCAUUAGUAAACUUUUUGAAGUAGGAAACAUGUACUAUAUAUGUCUUCUGAAUAAUUCGAAGUGAUCAUUAGCUUUAAUAUUCUAUACAAUGGAUCUGCAAGCAUGAUAUUUGCCUAUUCCUUGUUGGUGUAUAUUGUUUAUUUUAUUAAACUCUAACAUGAUUUAACUCCGAUUGUGCAAUCAUUAACAGUUUAGAAACUUUGGACAAGCACACAGAGCCUGUACAUAAAUGUUAUCUCCCUUAAAAUGUUUCCUAUGUUGUUGUUGUUUCAUGGAUCUGCAUAUAGACAGAUAUAUAUAUAUACAAACAGAUUAAUGUUCUAAGGCAAAUGCACAGUCAAAUAUCUUUAUUUCUAAAUAUUGACCAAUUUUUCUGUUUCAGCAAAACAACCAUGCUAAAGCACUUAAAUAUUUUAAACACAGAUUAUGAAAUGACUCCUAAAGAAAAACAAAAUAAAUUAUUGAUACAAAACAAAGUUGAGAUCCUCCUAAAAUUAUGCAGUUUACAUUCACUAUGAAAAAAAUUGUUAUAUUUGAAUGAUGUGCCAGAGAUGUUCAAAAUAAAGUAGAAUGAGAUAUGA